AAGGGUAAAAAAAACGAUAUUAAAUCGUCUAGGUCUAAACGUGGUUUUUUUAACAAAAAUGGUCUAAAAUAAAAACAUUUCGGUCUCAUCUCCGUCCACAUCCGUCCUCCAGCACUCCAGCUGCAUCGACGAGGACCGCCGUAGCGAUUUGCGAAGCAAGGGACGGGAGAGGAACCCGAGGAAGGCGAAAAUGAUCUACCGCAACUGGUCGCUGCUCUCGUCCACAGUCGUCAUUUGGGGCGGCGUCGCCACCGCCGGCCUCGCCGGUAUCUUCCUCUUGGGCGGCAAGGAGAAAUUCAAUGGUUAUCUGUGCCGCGAAGGCGAGAGGCUUAGGCAGCAGGACAGAGCCGCGAUGGGCCGAAGCUAAGCGUUAGCUUCUUUGGUAUCUCAAGGGAGCAAUAGCCCUUCGAAAUUUCACAAGAUUCCUGCGUCCCUACCAGAACAAGUCCCUAUCUAGGGACUAGGAUGGAAUCCAUCCUUCUGCAGGCUUUCACUUUCCUGAUAAUAACAGUAACAAUAAAUUGACAAUGGUUUGUGUUCUUCUGCAACCUUUUUGGCUCCCUGGUUUCGCAAGGGUUCCGUGCUUUGUUUGGCGUCAUCACUUGCAUGUCUUGUAUAAAAAGGUUGCUGUUGCAUUUGGCGUACGGGACUAAAAAAAAUAUCUGGGUCCUGUCUUUGACACGUGGCCGACGAUUUUGCCACAUAUUGUACCUACCCAUGAUGUUCAGUGUUGCUUACGCGCGAAAUGUGCAGCAGCAAGGAGUCAGUGUUGCUACAGUGGCAUUUGAGUGAUGUGCAGUCACUAACCAACCAAUCAUCCACUGCACGCGGCUCUUCUCGCCGUGGUUUAGGCCCUGUUUGUUUAUAUAAUAAUCCAACAUGGAUUAUAUAAUCCAGCUUAUGGAUUAUAUAAGUACACCUAAUGACUUGUUUAUGGAUUAUCAUAAUCCACCUAAUAAAAUGUAUUGUUUGUUUAUCUUUCGACUUAUUUAAGCUGGAUUAUAUAAUUAAAUAGGGCCUUAGACUCUGUUUGUUUCUCUCUACGAUGGACUAUGGAUAUGUUUGGUUGCCUGGUCCAACUCACGACCAGGCCCAUUUCAUACAGUAUGAAUAUGUUUGGUUGCCUGGCCCAGUCCGGGAGCCUGGCUGAGGCGAGCCCAAAACAAUUUUGUGGCCUGGCUGAAAGGAAACGCGAGUUUGUUGGUUCCCUGACCGGCCUGGCCCGACUUCAGUCGCCCAGCGACGCUAGGGUUUCACUCUCCUCAGUCGCAGCGGUUCCCACUCUCGUCUCCAGAAGAAGCGCCGCGAUGGGUUCCCCGCCGCUGACGCCGUACCGCCGAUGGGCCACUCCACUGCACUCCAGCAGAAGCUUGAGGCCACCACACAGUUCAGGAAGCUGCGCUCCAUAGAGCGAAGUCCCCCAAUUGAAGAGGUGAUCAGCACAGGAGUCGUGCCCCGAUUCUACGGGCAUGUGAUGAUUUUAUAUUUAACUGUUGCCUUUACUUGCCUAUGAUGAUAUGUUUUAUAAUGAUGAUCAAUCAAGGGAGUAUGACUUGUAGCAGUCUUUUCAGUGAAUCAAGGAUGAGUUUCUGUUUAAUGCGUACAGUGAGAAUACAUUAACAAUUACUAGCAGUCAUUCAUAGUCAGUCAACAUAGGCCAUCUGCUGCUAGUACCUCUUUUCUUCUCAUGAGUUGUAGCAAUUUCUGUUUAAUUCAUAUGAAUGUAAUUACAAUUAUAUUUUAAGUUGCUACUAUAGUUUCUGUUUAA